AGUGCAGGAUAGAGAUACACUACUUGCCUCUCCGGUCUAGACAUCACAUCAUUAGCAUCAAGUCAGCUAGUUAGCUGUUUAUUUUCUGUACAAAAUGUCAACUACGACCGGCGGCGGAGAGUUUGGCAACCCUCUACGAAAGUUCAAGCUCGUCUUUCUGGGCGAACAGAGUGUUGGGAAGACCUCUCUCAUCACACGGUUUAUGUAUGACAGUUUCGACAACACUUAUCAGGCAACUAUUGGCAUUGACUUUUUGUCAAAAACCAUGUACCUAGAAGAUCGCACGGUCCGACUCCAGCUUUGGGACACUGCUGGACAGGAGCGUUUUCGUAGCCUAAUUCCCAGCUACAUCCGUGACUCUACCAUUGCCGUGGUUGUUUAUGACAUCACCAAUCUGAAUUCAUUCCAGCAAACCUCAAAGUGGAUUGAUGAUGUUAGAACAGAGAGAGGAAGUGAUGUCAUUAUCAUGCUUGUUGGGAACAAAACAGACUUGGCGGAUAAAAGACAGAUCACCACGGAGGAGGGUGAGCAGAGAGCAAAGGAACUGAAUGUCAUGUUCAUUGAAACCAGCGCAAAGACUGGCUACAAUGUCAAACAGCUGUUCCGCCGCGUUGCUGCUGCACUGCCUGGGAUGGACAGCACACCAGAGAAAAGCAAAGAGGACAUGAUCGACAUCAAACUGGAGAAACAGCCAGAGAUGACUGUCACCGAGAGCAGCUGCUCAUGCUAGUACACCUCACCCCCCCCAGCCUAUCUCCUCCCCACCAACAGCUUGUCUCUCAGUGGCCACGCUCUCCACCCUUGGCACACUGCCAUUGGGAUGGAAGACCUGUCUUUUUUCCCCUUUUCAACUCAGUGACUUUUCAGAGUAACAGUGUGGAUGUGCAUUACUGUAUUCAAACAGAUUAUGUGGUGGGGAAAAAUGGUUUCAAAUAUAACAUUAAGGAAUAAGUUAAACGAUAUGUUAAAAUUCUCAUCCAGUUGCAUGGCAUUAUAUAGCAUUGCAGACUGACAUAGCUAACUGCUAACAUGAGUUAUUGCACAGUUGGGAAUCUUAGUGCUGUUACUCUUGUCAUUGUUGUAAAGUUAAACUGCUUGGGAUUAUUUAAAAUGGCUUUGCAAGGUUGAGUUCUCAGCCCAUUGUAUUUUACUUUUUUUUAUUUUAAAUGGAGAGUUUGUACUCUUCUGUUCUGUCUCAGAUAACUGAUUAUUUCUUGACUUUGUCUUAUUUUGAGGAAGUAGAGACAGGAUCUUACCAGUAAAUUAACAUCAUUGCUAACUGCCAUGUUACUACAUUUGGCUCAUAUGGACCCUUUUCAUUGAGGAGGGUUAAUGGAUCAUGUAUUAGGUAUAAUAAUACCGAACACAUCUGUAGGCCUGAACUGCCAAAUUCAACAGUGUGUUAGGAGAUCAAAUUCACAUCAUUUGAGACCUGAUCUAAAACAGUGCAAAAGGGGUGUGUGACCAAACAAUGAGGUAGUAUAUUAUCAAAGGGAAACCUCCCCGAGUUUACUAAAAUGGCUAUUAACCUGAAGCUAUGUCUGCAUUAAAACUAUAGCAACUCUUUUUCCAAUGUUGUUGAAUUAGCUGUGCACAUAUUAACAUAUCUAAGGAGGAGUUUAUGUUAUUAGAUACCCCUAAAGUAGGAAAUAAAAAAAAGUCAGUGUUUAGUUUAUCCACUCCGAUAAAAAGUUGUCACUUUGGGCGCUAGGACGUUCCCACCAUCUCAUCGAUAAUUUGUGUUGUGUUGAUUACACUAUUGCAAGAACAUGCAGCAUGCUCACCAUGCAGGAUUUAUAUGGAUAAGAACACAGAUGCCUUGCUUGUUUGUUCACCAAUGUUGUGCACUGAAUCAAGCCACAAUAUUGUAAAAUACAUAAGAAGCCUGCUGACUGGUUCAUGGCUUCAUUAGUUGUUUUAUAGAGCUGGUAGAUAAAAGUUUGUCCUCAGAUGCAGCCAACGCUUACUAACACCCUUGCUGUAAAAAGUGCAGAGAAAUUAGUCGCAGUAUCCUUUGCUGUAAUGCUAUUGCCUGUGGCGGACUCUUGGUUUUAUGUGUUUAUUUAUUUUGUUACUUUGACAUACAGAUAACAUUGUAUGCUUGACCAAAAGUACAGAUGCUGACACGCAUGUUGAGAUUUUAUUUAUUGUUUGCGUGUCUGCCGGGACUCCACCUUGAGGCGACACUUGGGUGCAGCAACGUUUUUUCUUGUCACACUGCUAUAAAUCGCUUUUUUGCAGUGUGUAGUCAGUAGCUUGGUUUACAGUCACAGGUCAAGGCUGCACUGUCUCUAGACACACACACACACACACACACACACACACGCACAUAUGUGUAACACAAACCAACUAACUAGCCAUAGCACAACAAAGACACUGGUCGUUUGCUGUAGCUUGUUUUGAAAUAUCAACGUUUUAAAUGGAUUUAAAAAUGUAAUCAAACAACCAUUUUAACAUUAGCAGCUCUUCUAUUACUUGUCACUGACUAAAUACUCAGCUUUGUGCCAUUCUGAAUUGUGUCUGUCCAUUUGAAAUAUGCUGUCUACUCGUGUUUAGCAACGUUUGUGUGAAUAAUGUACUAUUACUAUCUGAUGUAUAAAAAGGAGAGUUAAUGAAACACAAGUGUAGGCCUAUCACAUGGAAUAAAAUAAAGAUAUUUCACCAAAAUGUAA